GGGAAGUAAAGCAAAAUGGCGGAAUACAAGGGUGCUGCAAAGGAAGGUGCAAGGGCCAUGGCCCUGAUGAAAAGGCGAGAAAAAAUGAAAGCCGACAUUGAAGCCGCGAAAAACAAGAUAUCUGAGAAACACAAGAUCGCCGACAUCAGCAACAAAUUUUCUACUCAUUAUGAUGUGGUAGAGCAGCAACUAAAAUCAAGCACUAUCGGAUUGGUGACCCUGGAUCAAAUGAGAGCCAAGCAAGAGGAUCUUGUUCGAGAACAUGAAAAGCAGCUGGCUGCAAAGCUUAAAUCAGAUGAAACUGAAAGUGAAUCCUCGAAAAAGAAACAGAAAAAAAUAAAACUGAAACAAACCUCCGCGUUGUCAUUUAACCUUGAUGAGGAUGAAGGAGGUGAAGACAGUGAUGAUCAACCAGUUGUCCCACUGAAAAAGAAAAAGCUUGGGAAAAAUCCUGAUGUGGACACGUCAUUUUUGCCAGACAGGGAUAGAGAGGAGAUGGAAAGAUUAGAGAGGGAAAAGAUCAGACAAGAAUGGGUAGAAAAACAAGAGAAGAUUAAGAAUGAAGACGUGGAAAUCACUUACAGUUACUGGGAUGGAUCUGGUCAUAGGAGAACAAUAAAGAUGAAGAAAGGCAACACAAUCUCUCAGUUCCUUCAAAAAUGCGUCGAACAAUUGCGCAAAGAUUUUACUGAGUUUAGGGCUGUGACUACUGAAAACUUAAUGUACAUUAAGGAAGAUCUUAUUAUACCUCAUCAUUACUCUUUCUAUGAUUUCAUUGUGAACAAGGCUCGCGGUAAAAGCGGACCGUUAUUUAGUUUUGAUGUCCAUGAAGAUGUCCGAGUGAUUAGCGACGCAUCCGUGGAGAAAGACGAGUCACAUGCUGGGAAAGUUGUUCUCCGUUCAUGGUACGAGAGGAAUAAACAUAUUUUCCCUGCCAGCAGAUGGGAGCCGUAUGAUCCAGAAAAGAAAUGGGACAAAUAUACGAUCUCUGAUAAAUCCAAGCCUUCAUAACCAAGAGAUUAUCACAGUAUCCGACAAACUCCUGGGAAGUUAUAAGCUUCGUCAUCCAUAUCUUUGUCACUGUAUAAAUAAACUUCGCCAUGAUAA